AUGGAGCUCCGGACCAGCACCACUCUCAAACUCUCAUCAAAGUCUCAGUCUUCUGAGUUCAAUUCUCUCUUCAACAACCUUAAUUCCACGCUCUUAUCAACCAACAUGUCAACCUUGCAUCAGCUCACUAGCACCCAAAUCAAAAUAGAAAAUAACAAAAACCCCAAAAUUUCCGGCCGAAAGGGUCUUAAAUUUGCAUCAACCUCGGCUUCUAUUGAACCCCAAAUUAAAAGCCCCGCGAAAGUCACUUUUAAGAUUUCCCUGAAACCAGCCACAAGAGGUUCUCCUAAGGUCUAUGCCCUGUUCAAGAAUCUUUCUGUUAUGGAAAGAGCCCUCAUUGGUGCAGCUGCUGGUGGGAUUGCUGGUGCAUUUACUUAUGUGUGUCUCCACCCCCUUGAUACCAUCAAGACUAAGCUCCAGACUAAGGGGGCAGCUGAACUAUAUAGUGGCACCUUUGAUGCCAUUGCUAAGACUUUCCAGAACAAGGGUAUUCUUGGGUUUUACAGAGGUGUUUCAGCAGUUAUUGUGGGUUCUACAGCUUCCUCUGCUGUGUACUUUGGUACGUGUGAGUUUGGAAAAUCAAUUUUGUCAAAAAUUCCUCAAUAUCCUGCUGUUUUGAUUCCUCCUACUGCUGGUGCGAUGGGGAAUAUAGUGUCAUCUGCUAUAAUGGUACCGAAAGAAUUGAUUACUCAGAGGAUGCAAGCUGGUGCACAAGGGAGAUCUUGGGAGGUACUGUUGAGGAUAUUGGAAAAAGAUGGAAUCUUGGGGUUAUAUGCUGGUUACAGUGCUACAUUGCUCAGGAAUCUUCCAGCCGGGGUGUUGAGCUAUUCCUCAUUUGAAUAUUUAAAAGCUGCGGUACUGAGAAAGACUGACCAGCUGCAUUUGGAGCCUUUUCAAAGUGUUUGUUGCGGGGCAUUAGCUGGGGCAAUAUCUGCUUCUUUGACUACUCCUCUGGAUGUGGUUAAGACCAGAUUGAUGACUCAGGCUCAAGGGGAAGCUGUGAAUAAGGUGGCAGCUGCAAUGUACACUGGCGUUUCGGCUACUGUAAAACAGAUUUUGAAGGAAGAAGGGUGGGUAGGAUUUACAAGAGGAAUGGGUCCUAGAGUUGUUCAUAGUGCCUGUUUUUCUGCUAUAGGCUACUUUGCCUUUGAAACGGCUCGGCUAACAAUUUUGCAUGAAUAUCUCAAGCGAAAGGAGCUUCAAAAUGCGGUUCUUGAUUCUUCAUCUACAAUCAUUGAAGGUGGCUAA